GUAAGAGGAAGUGUGUGUUGUUGUUGUCGUUCGUUUUUGAAAUGUUCGGAUUUUUUAAGAAGCCUAAGCUUGUCAAACUCCGGAGUCUCGAUAACAACCAGAAAUAUGGAAUAGCAGCAGCAAGCAUGAAAGAGCUUCUUAAGAAAGGAUGCAAAACAUUGCAGCUCCGCCCUGCUGGUUGCCGUGUGUGUUUGUACGAAGAUGGAACUGAAGUUACUGAAGACUAUUUCCGCAAUCUCCAUGACAACACAGAACUAAUCUUACUCACCAAGGGGCAGGAGUGGAAUGGCGAUAUCUGGGAUGUAAGCCUUUUAUUAGGCGCUUCCAGCACACACACGGACCUCCUCAUUGAGUCAGCAAAGAGCCUCCUGUCUGAUGAAAAUGCACCAAAGAGACGUAAGAUACUGCAGGAAUUAAUUCACAACCUGAGCGACAAUGCAGAGGCUGAGAACAGAGAGGACGACAAAGACUGGUUUGAAGGUAUUAACUCCAGGUUUAAGACUAAAUCAGCUUACAUGAAAUACAACGGUGAAAGCAGAGUGCGUGGCUACUUGAAGGAGGUUGAAGACUAUACUGGGAGCAUUAAAAGUCCCAAGGUGCAGGGCGAAUACCAGAAGAUUGUGGCUACCAUGGUCAAACAGCUGAAAACCGUGAAGUACAAUGGCUGUUAUUUUGACAGGAGAGAAAAGGGAGACAACAGACUGUGCACCCCGGAGGGCUGGUUUUCCUGUCAGGGUGCAUUUGAUGCAGACAAGUGCCCGUCUCUUCACUCUAUUAAUCCCUAUGGAAACCGUGAGAGCAGAAUCCUCUUCAGCACCUGGAACCUUGACCACAGGAUUGAGAAGAAGCGUACAAUCAUUCCUGCCCUGGCAAAAGCAGUGCAAAAUCAAAACGGCAGAGAAAUCAACUGGGAGUAUUUCUACAGCUUACUGUUUACCAGGGAGAACCUCAAACUUGUGCACAUCGCUUGCCACAAGAAAACCUUUCACAAUCUGGAGUGCGAUGGGAGCAAAGUGUAUAGUAAAAGAAAACGCUGUUGACAGUGAACGAGCGAAGUGUGAAACCAAAGCCUUUGAGCUGGAUUCUCAAGGAAAUGCACACACAUAAGAAACCAGUGAAGUUAUGCAGGCUUGUCGUUGAACCCUACAAGCAAAUCUUAGGGAUACACAUUAUUUUAAAGUAUUGUUUAAAGUGAUUUUUAUAGUUUUCAUUUUUAAAAACAAAAUGGCCUCAAAGUAUGUUAUCAAUAACGAAACAAUAACCCAGUUUGCAUGCAGUAGAUAAACAUUUAAAAAAAAAAUAAAAAAAAUUGUGUACCAAUGCCGACUGAUCAUGUAAAAUUAUAUUUCUAUUACUUUUUAUAAAAUUAAUUUACGUUUAGAUAUUUUUCAUUGAGUUUUUAAAUGAACUCUAACAGAGCAAAGGACAAGCUCACAAGCUGAUGAAAUAAACAGAGCUUCAAAUACUAA